AUGCUGCGUGGCAGGCUUCGUGUGUCGUUGGAGCGCCGGCGGGAGAAGAAAAAACUACAGACAUGGGAGCAUCUGGUUCUGGGAGGUGCCUGCGGUGCCUGUGCAGCGGUUUUGACCAUGCCGCUGGAUGUCGCAAAGACCACGAUUCAAUGUGGCCGGACAAAGGCGCCUCUGUUUCAGGCGCUGACAAUCACUUUGCAGGAGAAGGGCAUGAAAGGAUUGUUUGCAGGCUUGUACCCACGAAUCACACAAGUGGCGACGAUGUCAGCGGUGUUCUUCACAUUGUUCGAAUUCUGGAAGCUUCAGCUGAAGCCCCAAAGGUUUCGAGACCCUGAGGACCGACUGCUGGGGUCGAAGAUAUACGGAAAGCGGCGCAGGAAAGUAUGGAAAAGGCAGUUUGUCGUCGAGUGA